GAUAAGGCCAGACCGCGUAACACGUGCGAUUUUUCCAAGGGGAACUACUUUGGGUACAGAUCAGCGCAUGACAAGAAGAUGCAAGGAACGGAUGUGCUCAACAACGUUGAGUCGGUAAACAUUGCCGAAUUCAUCCCAAAUUAUGAAGACGAACCAUUCCAUCCAUUCUUCGAGCCGUUUCGACAAGAGAUCGAAGACUUCUCAAGACGCUCCCUCGACCUCGCAAGCAAAGUCUUCACCCUCUUCUCCAUCAUUCUGGAGCUCCCAGAAGACUACUUCUCCUCCCGCCACGCCUACGCCUCCCCAAGCGAAGACCACCUCCGCUACAUGGGCUACCACCCCCGUCCCCUCGCCGACGACCUCAAAGUCAACAACACCUGGUCGCGCGCCCACACAGACUUUGGCUCCCUCACCCUCCUCUGGAGCCAGGACGUCGCGGGCCUCCAGAUCAAGACUUCGUCGGGUGCUGGCGCGGGCGGAUGGCGCUACGUACCGCCGGUGGACAACGGCAUCGUAUGCAACGUCGGCGACACGCUCGAUUUCUGGUCCGCCGGGUAUUUGAAGUCGACGACGCACCGCGUCUUAAGACCGCCUGAGGACCAGGCUCAUUUGUUCCGGCAGGGGUUGUUCUACUUUGUGAGGCCUGGUGACGAUGUUGAUAUCAAGCCUGCGGCGUCGCCGCUGCUCAAGAGGCUUGGGCUGGUUGGGGAGAAUGCGGAGGAGGCUGCGCUAGUGAGGGGGCUGCAGUAUGUGAGGGAGCGGGUGAGAGAUUAUCAUGAUCACAAUGAUUAUGCGGAUAUGAAGGGCAAGAAGUUUCGGGUGGGUAAUCUUGAGAUCGAGGAUGAGGCGGAGUGA